UGGUGUGGGGUUGGGGCAGGGGAGGAUGGGACCUGCUGUGGGGCAGCCCAGGAUGGGACCUGGUGUGGGGCUUGGGCAGCCCAGGAUGGGACCUGGUAUGGGGCCGAUGCAGGGGCAGGGGAGGAUGGGACCUUAUGUGAGGAUGGAGCAGGCGAGGAUGGGACCUGGCGUGGGACUGAUGCAAGGGCAAACAAGGAUGCGACCCGGUGUGGGGCUGGGGCAGGCGAGGAUGGGUCCUGGUGUGAGGCUGGGGCAGGCAAGGAUGGACCUGGUGUGAGGCUGGGGCAGUUAUGUUUUCAGUGGUUGAACUGAAGUAUUUUGGAGACCAACGGGCUACAUUUAAAAUCUUAAAACCAUGGUGGGAUGUUUUCACAGACUAUUUAACAGUUUUGAUGCUUAUGAUAGCAGUGUUUGGAGGGACGCUGCAGAUAUCAACAGACAAGAUAAUCUGCGUCCCUGUGCCAGAAGGAUUCUCAAUGAUCACAAUGCAGUGGAAUAAAAGUGCUCUUAUAGGUCGAAAAUUAAAUAGUUUGGGUUCUGGAUUUAAGACUGACUUGGACCAUGAACAGUAUAAUUUGAUGGAUCAAUAUUGCUAUGACCAUGCAAUUCAGUGGUACUCCAAAUAUUUCCCAUAUAUAGUUAUCAUUCACACACUUGUAUUUUUAGUGAGCAGCAACUUCUGGUUCAAAUUUCCAGGUACAAGUUCUAAAAUUGAACAUUUUAUUUCAAUCCUUGGGAAAUGUUUAGAUUCUCAGUGGACUACAAAGGCACUUUCAGAAACUGUUUAUGAGGAUUCUGACUUACAAUUUCCACAGAGAACUGUUUUAACAACAAAUGAAUCUGUGUCAUGCUCUGGGAGCCUUCAGCCAACAUCUGAAACCACUCUUUUGUUAGGACAAAAGGAAAGCAGUUCUGACACAGUAUGUCAAAAUGAAUCCCAGGAGCCACUUUGUAAGAUGCCUUCAAAAACCUUCAAAACUGUUGGAGGUGGCGUUUAUGGGCAUGCUUCUGUGAAAAUCCUUGAUAAAAAGGAAGGUGAACAAGCAAAAGCAUUGUUUGAGAAAGUCAAAAAGUUUCGUCUCCACACUGAAGAGGGUCACAUUCUUUAUUUGAUGUAUAUAAGACAAACUAUUUUACGCUCUGUUCAAACAAUUAUCAUUUUAGUCUAUUUUGUAACUCUGAUUCCUCGAAUGAAACAUAUUGUCCAUUGUAUAGAUAAAAUUCAUUUUACAGGCUUCACAGAUUUUUUCUGCAUUCAUGGUCUCUGGAGGAUUUUCAGAAUGUUAUCCAUAGUGUAUGUCGUUGUCAUAUUUAUUUAUUGUAUAACCUGUACAUACACAUUGUACUGGAUCUUCUACUUUAAACUUAAGGAAUACUCAUUUGCUUAUGUGAGGGAAGAAACGGGGAUUGAUGAUAUUCCAGAUGUGAAGAAUGAUUUUGCAUUUUUGUUGCAUCUGAUUGAUCAAUAUGACAAACUAUAUGCUAGGAAGUUUGCUGUGUUUCUUUCUGAUGUUAGUGAAAAUAAACUUCGUCAGUUAAGUCUGAGUUAUGAGUGGACACAUGAAAAACUUCAACAACGUAUUGCUACAAAUGAAGACAACAAAACUGAAUUACAUCUUUUUAUGAUGCCUGGUAUUCCUAACAGUGUUUAUGAUAUCUAUAAUCUAGAAGUACUAAAGCUGGAAUUUAUUAAGGAUGUCUCGAUUAGUGCAGCUAUCUCACAGCAAACAUCGCUUCAAGAACUAUGGGUAUACAACUGUAUUAUAAAGGUAGAAAAUCGAGCACUUGCAUUUUUGAAAGAUACAAUAACAAUUUUAAGAGUUCGGUUUGCAAAUGCUGAUGAAAUACCACAGUGGAUGUACAGUCUGAAGAAUCUUCAUGAAUUAUACCUGGAAGGCAACUUUUUAAUUGACAACAAAUCUAUUGUCUUGCAGUCAUUCUGUGAAUUAGAACAUCUUAGGUCAUUGCAUCUGAAAUCCAAUAUCACCAAAGUACCUGCAGUGGUUGCUGAUGUUGCCCAUCACCUUCAGCACCUUUCAAUUCAUAAUCAAGGCAAGAAGUUGACUACUCUCAACAAUCUCAGGAAAUUACUUUGCCUGUCUGUUCUAAAACUUUACAAUUGUGAUCUGGAGCGAAUCCCAAGUGCUAUUUUUAGUCUGAGUAACCUUCAGGAACUUGACCUCAAAGACAACAACCUAAGGACUGUAGAAGAGUUGGCCAGUUUCCAAUAUCUUCGCAAGCUUGUCACACUGAAGCUUCAACAUAAUAAAAUCACACAGAUUCCUCCAUAUAUUGCCAAGGUCAUCUCACUGGAAAUGCUAUAUCUAAACAAGAAUAGCAUUGCUGUUCUUCCACCGAGUCUAUUUAAACUAAUUAAAUUACGGCAUUUGGAAGUUGGUCAUAACAGUAUUAUAAACAUUCCCAGUGAAAUAGAACAAUUAGAGGAUCUUCACUAUUUUGAUAUUGAAAGUAACAAAGUAUCUGAAUUACCCUUGGAACUUUUUCACUGCACAAAACUCAGAGUUUUAAUACUUUCCCAUAACCUUUUACCUUUCAUUCCACCCCAAGUGGGAAAUUUGACUCAACUCCGGCAACUGGAACUGAAAGGUAACAGAUUGCAAGAGUUACCACAUGAACUAGAGAAGUGCCUAAAUCUGAAGAGAAGUCAACUUAAUGUAGAAGAGGACAUCUUUAAUACAUUACCAUAUGACAUCAGAGAGCAGUUCCUAAGCAGAGAGUCUAUGUGAAUUAUGGAGGCACACGUCGGCGGUUCAAAAUGGUGCCUAGCAUUGAAACACGUGUUAAGUGGAGAGCAAUAAUUGAAUUUCUCACAGCUGAGGGAAUUUUACCGAUUGAGAUUCACUAUUGCAUGAUGAAAGUGGACACUCGUGUUGAUGAUAGUACUGCUGGGUAUAUCGUGUGAAAAGUGGACAAACUGAGCUUCAAGACAGGGUGACCAGCAACAGCUGUUAAUGAAGAAGAACCUGAAAGCUCGUAUAAGGAGAACACUAACAUGGCAGAACUGCUUCUGCGCCACGACAAUGCCAGACUUCAAACGAGCCUCAGAACAUCAGAAGCAAAUGGUCAAUCGGAUGAACUUUGCUUCCUCACUCUUCAUACAGCCCAGACUUGGUGCCCUCAGACUUUCAUCUCUUCUGUCCUCCGAAGGAAGGCCUAUGUGGACAACACUUCGAAAACAUCGAUGCCCUGAAGAAUGCUGUUUGUUAAUGGCUCCAAAACAAAGACAUAUCAUUCUACCGUAAUGGCCUACUGGCACUGACUGGUUCCAUAUUGGCACAAGUGUGCAGUUCGGGAGAGUGACUUUGUAGAAAAAUAACUGCGCUGAUGUAUUUAAAAAGCUUCAUUUGUGUUUAUGUUUAGUUAAUAAGUUAACAAUUAAACAAUUUUGAGAAAAUAGAAAGGAGGCAUUACUUUUGAGACAUCCCAUGUAGAUGCUUUAAGAUAAAAUUCAGUUUCCAUUAUUACAGCCUUUUUUUUUCACAAAUGCAUUGCUUUGAAGUUUUUGUGAGAGUUUUAGCUUUCGGUUUGUUCUUAGUGCUAUUGGUAAGAUUUACUCUUUUUUUAAAGAAAACAAUGUCUUUUGCCAA